UCACAUUCUUUCUUUUGAGCAAUAUCAGUUUCCCGAUCAAAGUUUUUCGCUUUCGUAUUUCUUCAGUUUCUCUCCUCUCUCGCUCGCAGAUUCUUUUCAAAAUAUUUUUCCUUUGCUUGUUCUUCAGAUAUUCUGUGUGCUAGCGAAACCGUCAAGACUUGUAAUCCUCCAUGGCUAAAAGCUCCUUCAAGCUGGAACACCCACUCGAAAGGAGGCAGGCAGAAGCUGCUCGGAUCAGGGAGAAGUAUCCUGACAGAAUUCCGGUUAUUGUGGAGAAGGCUGAAAGAAGUGACAUACCAGACAUUGAUAAGAAGAAAUAUCUGGUUCCUGCUGAUUUGACUGUUGGGCAGUUUGUUUAUGUGGUUCGUAAGAGGAUAAAACUCAGUGCUGAGAAGGCUAUUUUUAUAUUUGUCAAGAACAUUUUGCCACCCACUGCUGCCAUGAUGUCUGCAAUCUAUGAGGAAAACAAAGAUGAGGAUGGUUUCCUUUACAUGACCUACAGUGGCGAAAACACAUUUGGUUAAUCCCAGUGCAGUCAAGUUGUUAUGUAAAUAAGACUUUUAAGAAGCACGAAAUAUUUGUAAAUUCUCGGAUUUCAACUUCUGCUAUUGCAUUCCCAAAUUUGAGGUUGCUCUUCGUAUAAUGCCUACCGUUA